AUGACAAUCGCACGGCCGGUACGCGCGCUCAUUGUAGCCGUUGUGUUUGGCAUUUGCCUGCUUGUUAUGCACUUUGCGGGCUCGUCGCCCAGCAAGCCGUCUGUCUUCAAGCUCGACUCCAACGAGCGCGACCCAAAUUUAGAUCCCACACAUGAACCCGAGGGCAUAUUACGACGCACGUCCAAGGGCUACCUGCCGGGCCCCGAGGGCACCGAGCGCAUCAACGCGACGCUGCUGGCGCUCGUGCGCAACGAAGAGCUCAACGGCAUGCUGCAGGCCAUGGGCGACCUCGAGCGGACGUGGAACCACAAGUUCAACUACCCCUGGACGUUCUUCAACGACGUGCCCUUCACGGACGAGUUCAAGCGGCGCACCAGCGCGGCCACCAAGGCCGAGUGCCACUACGAGGUGAUCCCCGACGAGCACUGGGCCAAGCCCGGCUGGAUCAACGAGGACCUGUUCCAGGAGUCGGUCAAGAUCCUCAAGGAGAACGACAUCCAGUACGCCGACAAGCUGUCGUACCACCAGAUGUGCCGCUGGAACAGCGGCAUGUUCUAUCGCCACCCGGCCCUCGAGCACAUGCAGUUCUACUGGCGCGUCGAGCCCAAGGUCCACUUCUUCUGCGACGUCGACUACGACGUCUUCCGCUACAUGCAGGACAACAACAAGACCUACGGCUUCACCAUUACGCUGUACGACGCGCCGCAGUCCAUCCCCACCCUCUGGCCCGAGACCAUCAAGUUCCUGGCCGAGCACCCGGAGCAUGUCCAUCCCAACAACGCCAUGGACUGGCUGACCGACCGCGUGCGCCGCCCGGACCAUUACAACAAGGCCAACGGCUACUCGACGUGCCACUUCUGGACCAACUUUGAGAUUGCCGACCUGAGCCUCUGGCGCAGCAAGGCCUACGAGGACUACUUCAACCACCUCGACCGCGCCGGCGGCUUCUUCUACGAGCGCUGGGGCGACGCCCCCGUCCACAGCAUUGCCCUCGGCCUGUUUGAGGACAAGAGCCGCAUCCACUGGUUCCGCGACAUUGGCUACCAGCACAUCCCCUUCUUCAACUGCCCCAACUCGCCCAAGUGCAAGGGCUGCGUCACCGGCCGCCUGACCGACGGCGAGGCCUGGCUCAAUCGCGAAGACUGCCGGCCCAACUGGUUCAAGUAUGUGGGUAUGGGCUAA